ACGUGGAGCAGAUGGCCAUCGACUGGCUAACGGGCAAUUUCUACUUUGUCGAUGACGUGGAUGACCGCAUCUUCGUGUGCGAUGAGAAGGGUGACACCUGCAUUAUCCUCCUGGAUGUGGAGCUCUACAAUCCCAAGAGCAUCGCUUUGGAUCCCACCAUGGGGAAGGUGUUCUUCACCGACUAUGGGCAGGUCCCCAAGGUGGAGAGGUGCGACAUGGAUGGCCAGAACCGCUCCAAGCUGGUCGACAGCAAGAUCGUCUUCCCCCACGGCCUGGCCCUGGACCUGGUCAACAAGCUGGUCUACUGGGCCGACGCCUACCUGGACUACAUAGAGGUGGUGGACUACGAGGGGAAAAACCGCCAGGCCAUCAUCCAGGGCCAGUUUAUCGAACACCUCUAUGGGUUGACCGUCUUUGAGAACUACCUGUACGCCACCAAUUCGGACAAUGCCAAUGCGCAACAGAAGACCAGCGUCCUGAGGGUGAACCGCUUCAACAAGACGGACUUCCAGGUGGUGACCAGGGUCGAGAAAGGUGGGGCCCUCCACGUCUACCACCAGAGGAGACAACCAACAGUGCGGAGUCACGCCUGUGCUGUGGACCAGUUCAACAAGCCAGGAGGCUGCUCUGAUAUCUGCCUCCUGGGGAACAGCCACAAGUCCCAGCCCGACCACGAGCUGUUCCUGGUGUACGGGAAAGGACGCCCAGGCAUCAUUCGUGGAAUGGACAUGAACGCCAAGGUGCCCGACGAGUACAUGAUCCCCAUUGAGAACCUCAUCAACCCCAGGGCCUUGGACUUCCACGCCGAGACCGGCUACAUCUACUUCGCCGACACCACCAGCUACCUCAUCGGGAGGCAGAAGAUAGACGGCACAGAGCGCGAGACCAUCCUCAAAUCCG